AUGCGUUUCACCGUCUUCAUCCCCCGCCACACCACCGCCUUUCCUCCUCCUCCCCACCGUCAACACCUCCGAACCCUCUUCGAUGGGGAUUUCACCCUAGUCCGAGACCGCGGCCUUGACCACGCCGUCGAACGAGAGAAGAAUCUCAAACCGUUGCUAAAUCUCCGAAACCUAAUCAAACACGAGCCUUCAAAACUCACUCCCGAAGCCGUAGAACUCGACGCUGAGGAAGGGUUUAUGUAUAACAGCCAAAUGUUUAAGCAACAAGUUGCUGAUAGGCUUUUGAAGCUUUUGAUGAUCUCAAAGAUACAUAAGAUUCCAUUGAGAGUCAUUGAAGGUUUGAGGUGGGACCUUGGGCUUCCUCAGGAUUACGCCAAAUCCAUGAUUCUUGAAUUUCCGGAUUACUUUCGGGUAAUUGGAACGGGCGGGGAUGCUGUUUUGGAGCUGGUUUGUUGGAGCAAGGAACUUGCUGUUUCUUUGUUGGAGAAAAAAAUGGGUAGUAAAGGGAAAAUAUUGGCUUUUCCGAUGCAGUUUUCGACUGGUUUUAAGAUGGAUAACAAUGAUGAAUCUGAUAGAUGGGUUGUUGGUGUUUUGCAUGAGAUUCUUCACCUAUUGGUUUCUAAGAAAACUGAUAAAGAUAAUGUAUUGGUGCUCGGUGAGUGGUUGGGUUUAGCGUCGAGAUUUAAGAGAGCUGUUUUGCAGCAUCCGGGGAUAUUUUAUUUGUCUUCUAAGAAUAGAACCUACACUGUUGUUCUUAGGGAGGGUUACAAGAGGGGUUUGCUCGUUGAAGAUAAUCAGGCCAUGGAGUUUAGGAGAAAGUAUAUUCACCUCAUGAACACUGUUAAGGAAGAUAGCAAAAAACAAAAGGAUGUGAAAGGAAAAAGCAGCGCAAAAGAGGGUAAUGUCAAAGACUGUGAAGGAAAGGAAGGUGAGGAAAAGCGUGGCAGUGAUGAGAAUCGUGAGGAGGAGCAAGAAGAAGAAGGGAGUUCCGAGUUGUCUGAUUCUGAAGCUGAGGAUGCUAGUGAAACUGUCGUUGAUGAUGACGAAGAGGAGUCUUCGAGGGGUAAUCGUAGAUCUUCUGCCAACAGAAGGGGACGAAAUUUUGUGGAAAUGAAGUUAGGUGAUAAGAAACCUUCGAGAGAUUCUGUUAGAGAGAGACCAGGUGGGAAGAUUUCACGAAAAACCUGGGAGAAAAAUCCAUCAAAAGGUUCUAAAAGAAUACAAACACGAGGUGAAUAUAAAGAUGUUAGGAGUUCACCGCAACGAUCAAGACUGUCUAAAAGCAGAGAAAGGUCAUUUACGAAGAAUACUGUUUAG